GAGGCCGGGGGCGCGGAGCGUGCAGGGAGGCAAGGCGCUGUAGCUUCGGGGAUCCCCCGAGGCUGCUCGGCCCGGCCCCACCUCCGCCGUGGGUCCCGGCCCUACCCACCCUAGCUCAGGCCGGCAGAGCCAGCGCUCGCGGAUGCGGCUGGUGCGCAGUAGCGGGCCUGGCCAGCGGCUCGGGGCUUGCAGGGAGGGCGGAUCUCGGGUCGGACCCGCAGCCCCAGACGCCGAGCUUGGGGGUUCCCCCCGCCCCGGCCUCCUGCCAGUCACUACCACCCCUAGCCUCUCCAACUGAGCUCGGCGCCGGGAGAGGAUUAAGUUUGAUCACUAUGAUCAUCUCACCCACAGAUAGAGGAUGCAGGGCUUCAUUUUUGUUCCUAAAAACAGGGGCACCGUAGAUACGUAAACACCCAGGAAGGCAGGGGGCUCCCUUUAUCCAAGGAGGUGGCUGUGCAGGUGGCCACCACAGGUGGCAGGAACCACAGGCUGGGGCACUCCGGAGUCAGGAGUGAGUGGGCAGGUUGACUGGCAUCAGGCAGCCUCUCAGCCAGGGCCCUCUCCGGAUCAGCAUGAACUCCAGGACCGCAUCUGCUAGGGGCUGGUUCAGCAGCCGCCCACCCACCUCUGAGUCUGACCUGGAACCUGCCACAGAUGGGCCAGCCUCCGAGACCACUACCCUCAGCCCAGAGGCCACCACCUUUAAUGACACCAGAAUCCCUGAUGCAGCUGGUGGCACGGCCAGCGUGGGUACCAUGCUUCUGUCCUUUGGGAUCAUCACGGUGAUAGGCCUGGCUGUGGCCAUGGUUUUGUACAUCAGGAAGAAGAAGAGGCUGGAGAAGCUACGCCACCAGCUCAUGCCCAUGUACAACUUCGACCCCACGGAGGAACAAGAUGAGUUGGAGCAGGAGCUGCUGGAGCAUGGGCGGGACGCCGCCUCUGUACAGGCUGCUACUUCUGUGCAGGCCAUGCAGGGCAAGACUACUCUGCCCUCCCAGGGCCCACUGCAGAGACCCAGCCAGCUGGUGUUUACCGAUGUGGCCAAUGCCAUCCAUGCGUGAGUGGCCUGGGACAAGCCUGGACUUCUGAUAGAGACCCAUCACGGUGCCCACAGAGCUCCCCACUCCCUGAUUGUCAAGACCUACUCUGAAGAUCUUCCCUGCCAAGACACAAGAGGGCUGAGCCAGGCCCUAGCUGUUCUCCAGACCCACCUGCUGACUCUAGACUCUAAGAGAGGGCCCUAGCCAGGCUGGACUUCUGACCACUGACUUCUCCUGACCUGAGGGCCCUGGCACAGAGGGCAUCCCUCAUGCUGAGAAGGUCAAGAGCCUCUGCUGGCUUCCUCAUCCCCUGUCCAGAUCCCUCACAUCAGGGUCUGCCCCGCUAAUGUGGAGGAAAUGAGGGAGAUACGGAGUGGGAGGGAUUGGGGGAGGAAAGGGGAGGUUUCCCUCUGUUAGGGAGAGACCUGUUUUUUGGAAUCUGGAGCCUCCUCUGGGGUGGGGAGAGGAAACCACCCAAGUUAUAGGGACAGGGUAGGGCAGCAUCUGUUAUGGGCCCUGAGAAGCCCAGAGAUGGAGCUGAAACUGUCCAGUAUGCAAGGAUGCCAGGAGAAGGGCAAUUCACACCCAGGGUCCAUCCAUACUACGGAGGGUCCAGGAGGUCUCCCAGCCACCCAUCCUUGGCAACCAGAUGUUACUGGGGCCAAGCUAGGAUGGGAGCUGAGGGGGAAGGAAGUAGGGGAAUGGAAGUGGAAGGAUGCAGCCCCCCGGGACCUGCCGAGAGGCCUCAUGCAUGUGCAUGAGUGUGCCCAUGGGCAGACAUGUGCCUGUCCCAGCACAGCGGGCAGGAUGAGAUUGUCCACACUGGCCCCACCCUCCAAGUCGACCUCUACCCCAUGGUAUGUAGUGGAGCAUCAGGGUAGGCUAUCUUCUCUGCCUUCAAUCUUCAGGGACUGCAGGGAAGAGGGAAGCACGCACAGCACGGUUCCUCUCUCCACUGCAUUGUUUCACUGGGCUCACCUGCUUCUGAAAACGGCUCCCUGUCUUGGGCUCUACUGAGGAUCUGGGGUUGGGAGAGGCUGUUGGUCUGAGGGCAGUAAUCACAGGCUGCAGGCUAGAGGGGGCAGUUGUGACUGCCUGAAAGCGGGUGAGGGAUUGCACCUCAGAAAAACAUCUAAAAAACUUAGUCUAUGUUUGAAUUCCCCACCUCCAUCCCAUCUAUGGGAAGAGCCGUUCAGUGUUUAAAGAGUGGGGAGAUGGGUCCCUGCACUUGGCCUCUCCAUAAGCCUUGGAGGGUCAGGGCUGAUACCAGGGGUCCUGGCAAGCCAUUGGGCAGAGACAGACUCCAAGAGCGGGGCAUUUUUUUACGCUGGGCAUACAUAUGCACACAAGCAUGCACAGAGGCAUGUCCCAUGCCCAGCCUCUCCACCGUCACUGUCCGCUGCUGGCUGGAGGGGAUGCAGGGGUAGUGUAUGCAGACCUUCCACUGGGCAAAUGCCAUGUGUCAGGAGGGAAGGGCCUAGGAAGCCCCUAUGGGGAAGGUUCUGGAUUUAUUCAGAACCUCCUCUAAAUGCUAUAAAUACGUUAGCACUUGAGUCGACUGGAGGCUGCCAAGAAUUCAGGAUGCAUACAGCUGUAAUUUAACCCAGAGCAGCUCCACGUGAGAGCAUUAAAGAUGUAAUGAAGAUGUUUA